CUGGUUUUAAGAACUAAUAAAGCGAACGAGAAAAACUAGGGUGAGAUUUGAUUUGAAAUUGCGGAAACCUGCGCAGAGUAAAAGAGUCACAUUGUAUUGUAGAUUUGUAGUUAUGGCGACGAAGCCACCACAGAUUGCGAUUCUGGGAGCUGGUACGUUUGUGAAGAAUCAAUACCUUCCAAGACUCUCCGAGAUCUCUCAUCUCCUCCUUCUCAAAGCCAUUUGGAGCCGUACUCAGGAAUCGGCUACAGCUGCUGUAGAAAUAGCUCAGAAACAUUUUCCUGGAGUAGAGUGUAAGUAUGGAGAUAACGGUCUUGAUGACAUCAUCCAAGAUCCAUCAAUAACUGCAGUUGCUGUGGUUCUCGCUGGACAAAAUCAGGUUGACAUCUCACUGAGGAUGCUAAAGGCGGGUAAACAUGUCCUUCAAGAGAAACCUGCGGCAUCUUGUACAAGUGAGUUGGAAACUGCAUUAUCUAACUACAAUUUUAUUUCUGCUGAUGCUCCUGGCCAAUUAAUUUGGUCCGUGGCUGAAAAUUACCGAUUUGAGCCUGCCUUACUAGAGUGCAAAAAACUAAUUGCCGACAUUGGGAAAAUGAUGAGUGUCCAAGUUAUUGUUGAAGGAUCAAUGAACAGUUCAAACCCCUACUUUUCAAGCUCUUGGAGGCGCAAUUUCACUGGAGGUUUCAUACUUGAUAUGGGCGUGCAUUUCAUUGCAGGGUUAAGAAUGCUUGUUGGGUGUGAGGUGGUUUCAGUUUCAGCUAUGACAUCUCAUGUGGAUUUGACCUUACCUCCGCCAGACAAUAUAUCAUCUGUCUUUCAUUUGGAGAAUGGAUCUUCAGGAGUAUUUGCAAUGGUUGUGUCCUCGAGAUCACCCAAGACCUUGUGGCGAGUUGUUGGUAUGAAUGGAACGGUGCAAGUUGAGCGUGGAUUCCAAGGCCAACAUGGUUACCUGGUUUCAUCAUAUGGUGCUGAUGGACAAAGCAAAAGCUCCUUUUUCCCAUUCAGUGGAGUAUCUGAAGAAUUAAAAGCUUUUCUUAGUGAUGUAUCUGAAAACACCCUUAAGAAAGGGAGUCAGUUUGUGGCUGAGAACCGUCUGUCUUUUGUUGAGGGUGCAAGAGAUGUUGCUGUUUUAGAGGCAAUGCUUGAAUCCGGAGUAAAGCAGGGUGAGCUAGUUCAUGUGAAAAAGUUUUGAGGUAAUCAUGAAACUCUUUUCAUUGGCCACAUAAUCCAAUUAUCUACGGAUAUUUACUUUGUACUGGUCUUCAACAUUGAGCUGAGCAAUGUAGUCAAGUGGAGAUGAAUAAGCAGAUGUUUAAAACUCCGAUCAGUAUGAUUGAAUGGAGUUUUAGGAUUUGUAUACAUCUAUUGAAAUAGUUGCUGGUGUGCUAACGCAUUGAAACUUUAAAUAUCUUGAGGUGAAGUAUUUGAAAUACUGCAAUGUAAGUUUAAUUAUUUUAUGUUAAUAUCUCAUGCAUAUAUUAAUAC